UAAUUUUUUUUUACUUAGUUUUUUACUUUAGUUUUUAGUCAUUGAAUGUAAUUAAUAAGUGAUGGAACUUAAUCAUAAUUACGAUGGCUUGGCUAAAUGUCUCGUUAGACGACCUGGAUGCUAAUUUAUUUGAUGCGGAAGAAACAAAAAGUGUCGAAGAAAAACCACGACCUUCUCCAAGUGGAAGUAAACGUCGAGUGUGGCUACGAAAGCACGCACACCAGUCUCUAGAUGAUGAUGAUGUUGCUCAAUUACGCAGUGGUUCUUCUUCAAUUGAUAACUCUCGUAGAGAAAGUUUAGCAAGCAGUCAUGGAUCUCCAAGUCGUAUUUCACCGAAAAGAUUACGUGAUAAAAAACCAGAUUCUCUAACAGAUCAAGUUAUUCGUCGGUCACGAAAAGAUGAUAGUGAUUCAUUACAAAAUGAAAAUCGCCUAAGUGCCGGUGCUAGAUUAUACCGAGUUCUUGAAGAACAAGCACUUGGCGAAGCUAUUGUUGUGUCUAUGGACACUUUAUAUGUAAAUGGAAUGAAAAUGAUUGACAGAGGCAAGCCCACGAGUCUCAGCAAUACUGGCGCGCUAACAAGCCAUUCACGGUACCAGUAAAACCUUGAGAGACCACAUUGGCUUCUCUCUCAUUUUUUCUCUCGUUGCACAAAAGUAAAGCUUUCAGCUACACCCUGCCGUACAUCAAAUAUUUCUUUCAACACUCAACAAGGAUGUGUGAAUAUUUAUAUACAAAUGUAUAUUCAAGUAUUAAGAGCAUGAACUUCUCGAUAUAAUUGAUAAAACACUCAAAUUAUUUUAUUUCAGCACGCUUUAUAUAUAGGUUUAAAACAAAUGGUCAAAGCUAUAGUCACGCAAUCGAUUCUCACGAAUCCACGUUAGUUUCAUUGAUUUAUCAUUUUUUAAUUUG